AGAUUCGUGUGUUGUUGUUGUUGUUCGGACGGAAAUUGUGAGCUGUGAACGAAGAGGAUGAAACAUAUCAGCUGAUGUCAUUUUUUCAAGCUUAAGAACGCAGUAAUCUCGUUAGUUCCGCUGUGCAUGUGACUUGCUCUAGUGCGCUUACGCCCUCACCGUCAAUGAAUUACACAUCACCAUCUAAUUACGAUGACAAACUCAACAAUUCGGCCCCCUUGUAUCAGUUGGAGGAAGGGUUCGACAAGCUGUCAGUGGAGGACUAUGUUGGCGAGGGAGAGGUCGCGGAGGACGAGGUGCUGUAUGUCACGCCUCAAGGAAGUAUAGUCACCGAAGAUUUUUGCGGUGUUUACGAGACCACCAACCCUCUUGGUGAGGACCAGACGCCAGAAUGGCCCUUUUCCUUUUCAAGUCCAACAUCAGCCUCCUCCCCAGACCCUGGGCUAGACCAACCCAUCAGAGAACUGACUGCAGAGCAGGUCCGUUGGUUUUACAAGAGCGACUCAGACAAACUGUGGGUGCCUUUCAGCGGGUUUGAUUCUCUUCGCAUCGAAGAAAGGUUUCGUCAACAAAAGCACCCAUUGCAACCAGACCAUGGCCCUAACCAGCCCCCAGCUUCACAUUCGGAUAGUUCCAAUAGUGCCUCGACAAGUUCCAUGGAUGAUAGUGUGUACUAUGAUGCCUGCAGUGCAGGGUACUCGGAUGGAGAGUCACCUUCAGCUUCCCAACAUAAAGACCACCUUGUGGUCAGAGGAGGAAUGUACGAGGUUGAUAUUGAAAGGCGGAAAUGUGUUUCUAUCUUUUGGCCAGGUGAACAAUGUGCUAUAAUGAGAGGACUAUGGUUUUAUGAAGUUACAUGGCAGCCAUUAGAUAGUGAUCGAUAUGAUCAGAUUGAAAAUGUUCAUUUGGCUCUUUUUGCAAAUCAUUGUAUUUCUGACUAUCUCUCUGCAAGCAAUCCCAAACAACCCAAACAAGUUGUCAAGUCUGAAAACUUUAACGAAUUUCGUAUUGAUUGGUACUCUCCGAUUGAAGUAUAUCUGUACAGUGAAGCAGGGCCUUUAAAGCUAGUUAGUAGCUUUACCCAAAAAUUGGGAUAUUUUCAAAAAUCUACUGGAUAUCGACUAUGCCGUGGGUACAAAACACGGGCAACUCUAGAUGACCGCCCAGUUGAUGUCACUCAUCUAGUCUUUGUCAUUCAUGGGAUUGGACAGAAAAUGGAUAAAGAUCGGAUCAUUCGGAACACUUGCACGUUUCGUCAUUGCACCUCUUGGUUGCAAACUAAGUACUUCCCUACAUCCACAUCCCAACAUCGUGCCGAGUUUUUCCCUGUAGAGUGGCGGGCUUCUCUGAAACUAGAUGGAGGAAUUGUUGAAGCAAUAACUCCUAAUAAGGUUCAAAGUAUCAGGCAACGUUUGAAUGCUACUGCAAUGGAUAUAAUGUAUUACACUAGUCCUCUCUACAGUAGUGAAAUUCAAAAAGGCUUGACUUGUGAGUUGAAUCGCCUGUAUUCAACAUUCACCCAACGCAAUCCAGAUUUUACAUCCCGUGGUGGGAAAGUAUCAAUAAUGGCUCAUUCCUUGGGUUGUGUGAUUGUGUAUGACAUUAUCACAGGCUGGAGUAUUACCCACACUUUAGAGCAGCGAAAGGCUCAGGAGUCAUCUAACAGCAACCUGAAUGGUGCAAUAUAUGACGAUGGGAGUAGUCAGGCUUCUGGGGGUUCUAACACUCCUGCCUCUUCUCAGGGUACCACACCAACCCCAACACCAACCCAUCGUCCUACUAAGUUACUCUUUGAGCUGGAUAAUCUGUUUUGCAUGGGGUCACCUUUAGCUGUUUUCUUAGCUCUUCGUGUCAGAGAUCCCCAAGCUGAGAGCUGUCAUAAAGACUUACUACCACCAACUCUGUGUCAUAGAUUCUAUAAUAUAUUUCAUCCAUCAGACCCUGUGGCGUAUAGAAUGGAACCACUGUUAGUGCGUGGAUAUGCUAAGCUCCAUCCUGUACAAAUCCAAGCAUAUAAUGCAACCAAUCACAAUCUGUAUUCGGAUGUUCCUUUAGAAUUUAUUGUUGAUGGUAUUGGCUCAGUUAAUCAGUCAGCUGCAACCCGUCAAGGUGCAGAUGAAGACUCACCGAAAUCUCCUGGCGGAACUCCCAGCCGUGAACGUGGGUGGAGUCUCUGGAGCAUUGUGCGCGGUGGCUGGAAAGCACAGGAUGAGAGUGGAUUACCUCUUCUAGAUUCUCCUACUCAAGGGCUAGAACACCGUUUAGACUAUGUUUUGAGAGACAGUAACCUAGGUGGCCCAUAUUUGUCAGCAAUCACAUCUCAUACUGAUUACUGGCGAAACUAUGAUGUUGCCUACUUUGUUCUCACAAGACUCUUCCCUGAUCUUGAACAGAUGGCUGUGAUGGCCAGUCCCCUUGACUGCGAGUAUUCUCAGCCGUCACCUCAAUCUCCUCAGCAAACCUCUCCCCAACAGGCUACCCCUCGUGUUGCAUCCCCUCCAUUAUUGCAGCAAAUGUUAUCUCAGGUGCAAUCUCAGGCCCAGUCAGUUCUGCAAAUUCAGCCUCCAUCACUUCCGUUAAUAUCAAUUUCCCCAACUAUACUGCAACGCAAAGGAAGCAAUGGAGCGGCCAGUAGAUAGGCAGCUUUUUUCUUCAUAUUUUUUCUUGCUUACUUAAGAAUGUGUCUGUCCUGGUUUAGUCUGACGAAUUCUGUUUUAAAUGGGUCUACUUUGCUUGAGUAAUUUAUGUAUUUAUAUUUUUGCAUAGUAUUUCUUGAUGCCAAAUACAUCACUUAUUGUAUUACUAAUAACUGUCCAUGACGCCCUGCUCCUGCUUGUGCAUCAUAUCCCUAUCCUAUUCUUUUGUGUAUUUGUAAUUCUAUUUCCAUAAACCUGUAUUUUUGUCUACUGCAUAGGCAUAUGUUUCGUCUCUCUUCUAUCAAUCUAUCCCGUGCAACCUGUGCUUUCUUUGUUCCCUGUUGAAAGUGAAACAUGUGUUCAUUGAAACUUGUAUUAUCUAAUCUAUCAUCAGCAAUGUAAUUAUGAAGUUCAUAUGUCAUGUAUUUCUUUUGUUUGUGACAAUAAGCAUGACUCAUUAAAAUUAGUGGUUUUGAAGAUAUUUGGUUCAGACAAUAAUGCAUUGUUUACAGCACAAAUUGAAGAAUUCCUAGGUGAUUUUUAAAUGUGUACAAUAUGUUGUUCAAUAAGUUUCUUAACUGUGUAUAUUCUUGAUUUAUAGUGUACCAAGAUCCUAUUUGUAUAAAUAAUUCUUGUAAAAACUGUUACAAAGUAAUAGCAAGUAUCAUCUGUAAAUUUUGAAUUUUUUACAAAUUUGCUUGUGGAAUGUUGCCAAAAACUCGUCCUGAUCGAUUUUGGUGCUACCUGUUACAAUUUUAAUUUAUCUAUACGUUUUUACUGCUCUUUAUUUACCUGUUGUUUUAUUCUUUUCCUCAUCAGUGCUUUCUAGUUUUAUAUUCUAGUUAUUUUAACUUGUUGAGUAUUGUUAGUGUUUUUGAAAAAGUUUACACUUCUUUUGUUUGUAUUUUUUUACUCGCUCUUUACCAUCUUUUACUCUUUUUCUCUCUGUUACGAUGAACGAUUAUUGUUUGGUAUGGGCAGUAUAUUAGUUUUGGUUGUGAUGUGCCAAGGGAUUCUGUUAUCUGUCUAAACUGAUAAUCUGCAGUAUGAUGUGCAGUGAUUCAUUGAAUGGUCUAUUUCUUGUUCAGUUUGAUAUCUGUGGUUGGACUCCAAUUUCUUUUGUUCUGGUUGUUGUCCAGUUACAACUGUCUGGUGUGGCUUACUGAUAGUCGUCAUGUUGGCAUGAAUUGACCAAUUGUUUAUUUUUGGUUUAAUGAGUUUAUUGGUAAACUGGUGAUUAUUUCAAGGAUAUUAUGUCUGCAUAUGAGAAAAGGCGAGUCUUUCUCAUGGUAUCAGUGUUAAGUACUUUUACUAAGAUUUUAGAAUAUGUUAGUUUAGAAAUUUGAUGCAAUCAUUGUCUUAGUUCUAGGAGCUUCAGUCUGUUUGCUGCCUUGCUCUCCUUUCUACCCAUUGUCAACAGUUCGCUUUCCUCUCUCUUUUCAAGUCUGGAAGAUAUCCCCCUCUUUUCUCAAAUAGCCACUCCUUUUAUCAAAACCAAAGAACCUUACUAUUGGGACAGACCUCAUUUUCUUAUCUAUGCUAGGUCUUCCAAGCCCCCUCAAAGCUAAGAAUUAUAUUCACCGAGGGUUUUUUUUUAUUUUUAUUUAUUUUUUUUGUAAUAAUAAUCAAUAUUUUGUCUGUGAUUGAUGUGUCUUAGUCCAUACUUCGGUUCAGAAGUUCUAAGGAUGUGAUGACAUGUUGACUCCUGUAAAUCAAUCAAUGAAUUCUGAACAACUGUUACUGUAAACCUUGUAAGUUUCAGACUUUAGGUCUGUAGGAGGCAAAACAAUGAUCUGUGCUAAAA